AUGAAUGACGACGAGCAGAUAUUGGCGCCUACCCGAAUACAGACGCGCUCCUCUCUAGCGUGUCUUGAAUGCCGAUCAAAGCACGUCAAAUGCGAUGCUCAGCAGCCGCGCUGCACAAGGUGCACGAACUUUCAGAAGCAAUGCCAAUAUCCUACAUCGCGUAGAGGAGGACUUCACCGUGCCGCUAUCUCUGAAAGAAGAAGACGUCUUUCUAAGAAGAACGAUAGCCGACAGGGCAGUGGAACGGCCUCAACGGAUGCGACUAUCCCUGAACUAGAUGUUGAGCUUAUGCAUUGUACGAAUAUUGUGUCACCAGAGGAAGACACAAACUCAGGAACAAAAGCUUGGAAUGGACCAUGCAACUCUACAGAGGAAGGUGGUUUGGCAAAUGAUCCGUUGAUACUUUCUUACUACAAGAACUUCCAUGCCUUCCAUCCCUUCGCUCUACCCCUACCUCAAUUAGUUAAGCUCUGCAAAGGCUCUUCGACAUUGACAUUCGACUUUGCUGCUCUAACAACUGUCAUGCGUCUCAUUGGAAACCUCUAUGAUGCCCAAGAAUGGUCCGGCUCUCUUCAAAACGAGAUCAAGUCUCGCAUCUCCCAGCUCCCCUCCUCAGACCCAGUUCAGGUCCAAUGUCGACUAUUAUACUCGAUCGCUCUAUUUUGGAGUAGCCACACUACCAGAGCCAGAGAAGAGCUAGAGAUUGCAAUUAAUGUGGCUCUAGAACUGGGUAUGCACAAGAGAGAGUUCGCCUUCACUUGUGGAGCCGGGGACAUCGUCCUCAUGGAGUCUUGGAGGCGAACGUGGUGGAUGUUAUACAUCGUGGAUGCAUAUUAUGCUGGGACGUUAGGUACGAUGAACUUCAAGGCAUUCCACGUUGAAGCAUCAGUGUCUCUACCGUGUGAGGAAGGCGAAUAUGAGUCAGGUUGUAUCCCAGAGCCUCGUACGAUCGAAGAAUUUGAGUCUCGCGAGUUUACAGAGUAUGACAUACCCUUCUCAUCGUUCGCAUAUCUCAUUGGUGCUGUACGUGCUGCAGCAUUGGCAAUUUCCGUCACGCCGAAAAAGGUAAAGAGACAAGACUCGGAGCGAGUUAUACAGGCCGCAGACUCCGUCAUCGAUGCCUGGCUCUUGCUUUUACCCAAGGAACGGAAGGUCAUGAGGAACGAUGGCAAUAUUGACGAGUUGAUGUUUCAAGCCAAUCUGCUUAUCCAUGUCGCAACUAUCGGGUUACAUCGCCCAUUGUCAGACCUUAGAUUCAAUCCUAUUGAGAAUGUGUCAAGUUGCGCUAGAGAGGCACCCACAGACACGCCCCGACCAGAUCUUAUCAACGUUCACACGACGCGGAUUCUAAAGUCGAUCGAUGCACAGAUACAGCUCUUGGCUCUCCCAGUUCGUCCGUUCCACCAUACCCCUUUCGCGACAUGCAUGGUCAGUGAAGGCACACUUUCACUUCUAUCAGCGUGUAAGUAUCUUUUGAGAGACAAGGAGCUGGCGAUAGCGCGAGAUCAGAUCAGACUUACAAUCGGAUGUCUAAAAAGUCUUGGUGAAAUAUGGAGUCGAACAGCAAAGAAUGUCAAAGAGAUUCAGACCAUCGCUCGUCAUGUACUUAUGUUGGAGAAGGGAAGCACAGUACCUGGGUCUAGCGAACUUCCGAGUUUGACGGGGAGUGACGGGGGAGCGAGUAGCCGGUCUACAGAUGCAAUGGCACAGGAAGAUGACGCCCUUGCUUCUUUGGAGUCUCUGACAGAUAUCUGUGGGUGGAUCAAUAUGGGUUCAGAAUUUAAUUACGACUGGAUGGGUGAAGAUAUGAGUUGA